GUCUAUGAUAUAAAGGAAGACCCACACACUUUUAUUAAGACGAGGGGACAGUGUUAUCCUAAAGAUAUGUCACAUGGUGCAUUGACAGUUUUGGGAUUAUUUCUCUUCUCAUCAAGGGUUUUAACACUUUUACCUGGAACACUGGGUGGAUGUAGGCAUGCAAAUGGGACAAGAUAUUGCUGUAGUGGUUUUUACGAACUGAAUGAUACAUGUCAUGAAUGUCUUGGUUCACUUGGAUAUAACUGUACUAGUCUGUGCCCAUCUGGAUUCUUCGGACCGAGAUGUAUGGAGUCUUGCGCGUGCCCAGAUGAAGAGUGUGAUAAGAUGUUGGGCUGUGUUAAAGAAAAAUUAACAACGACGUUUAAAGGAUUAUUAUUUCUUCACUUAAUGAUAGACACAGCAAAGGAAGAUAUUACAUUAGGGUCUAAACCAGACAAUGGUACCAUAUCACAUCAAAAGAAUAUGACAACAGACUUCAGUUUUGAAAACAUGCCCACUGACAUCGGACUUUGGGGACACAUUACAAACCUCAUAAAUACAUGGAUGCACUGGUUCAUUAUUUUGGUUAUUGUGAUAUGUCUAACCAUUUUUGGACUUUGUAUGAUAAAAUGCAGAAACGAAAGGAUUAAAAAGGAAGCAAAGCAACAUGUUCCAGUACAUAUAAACCAAGUGUUUGAAGAACAGCAAGACAAUCAUGGGAAUGUUUAUUCAGAUAUGCUAAACGAGGGUUGUUCUGCAUAUGCCGAUAUCAACACCAUUGAAAAUGAAACAUCAGAGAAAGAGUAUAUGCAGAGAAGUGUUUUCUCUGAGCAUAAAAAAGAAAAUCAUGAUUACCGCGCACUGGCUGUAUAUACCGAAAUGUCAGACAUUCAAACAAAUGCUUAUAUUGAUAUAUUACCCGAUCCAGAGAAUACAGAUGGGUGUGGCUAUAUGUAUUUUGAUGAUUUAUGUGAGAAACAGACUGACAGCCAUGCAUAUCAUGAUAUGAAUGAAUAUUUUUCCAAAGAUAUGUCACAUGAUAAAGAUUCAGAACUGAAUGAACAUGGUUCGACAGAACAUGUGUAUAUGUACACUUGACAAUUUUUAAUGAGGCAAAACAUCCUUAUUUCAUCAUUUGAAGGGUUAAUCGUCAAAUCUAUUUAUAUUAAGCUUUUCCGAACUUCCUUUCUUUCAUGCUAUGUCUAAAAAGUUUCGUUAAACCUUACUAUAAAUACCUUGGAAUAUUUUUAUAUUGAAAUAUAUUAUUCAUGAAUAUAUUUCGAAGGUUCAAGGACCAUUGAAUGUAUCACAACAACGAUUUACAUUCUUAUCAAUACACAAUAUUUAUAUAAGGCUCUUGUCUUUCGGACCUCCAUGGGCAUACUUCAUCAUUAUUACACAUGAAAUAAAUGUCAAUUUUAAACAUAUGUAUUUUGAAUUUAAUCUUUAAAGAAAAAAAAAAUCACUUUUAAAGGCCUUUGAAAAUAGAAUGCUUGAAAACAGUCCUCAUUUUAUCUACAGGAUUAUUACAAAUGUAUGAUUGGAAUGUAUUUGCAGCAUCUUUCAGUGGAAAAUGAUGCUGAAGAGGAUGAGUAGGAAGAUUGCAUUUAUGAAAUUUCCAAAUCGGCAUACAUGUGUGUAGUUUUUUA